AUGUCCCAGGCCAUAGAAAAGCCUUCGCACGAGGCCUGCUUGGACUACUUUGAUCGACUGAUCGAUAACCCUCCAAAGGAUGCGAUCCCUUAUUAUAUCGGAACCCCCCUUUAUGAUGAGCGAUUUACGUCCAAAUUUGAUUCUCGGCUACAUCCGGGCCAGGAGCUCUUCAAGAUUGGACUCGUUGAUGGCUUGAAUACUCCAUGGCUACACGCCGGCCUAAUGGGCUCCGGAACUCCAUUCCAUAGAGAGGAUGCAGAUCUAUGCUCGUUCAAUUGGGUCCUCGGUGGUUGGAAACUCUGGAUUCUGAUCCGAGUGAGUUCCACUCAAAAGGUUGAAGAAUAUAUCAGGAAAAACUGGCCGUGCAAUGACUGUGAUCAAUUUGUCCGCCACAAUUCGUUGCUCAUCAGCCGGAAGACCCUGACGGAGAACGGCAUUGAGUUUGAUGUAUUGAUUGCUGGACCUGGGGAUCUAGUGUUUAAAGACAUGCGACAGUACCAUGCGGUCGUGAACAUCACUAAUUGCGUGGCUAUGGCAAUCAAUUUCAUCCCUCUAGGUAAACCAUUCCUAACAAAAGAUCUGCUUGUGUGCCCAGGUUGCGGGCUAUAUCACCUCAAACACGAGAAUAUCCGGCAGGUUCGCUAUCAUCCAGCAAAACAGCAGUCGGAUAUCGUAGCCGAAAGCGUGAGCAACAUGAGAGCGAAGAGGAAGCUACGGACCACUAUCGUGGACCCCAGAGUAGCGAAAAAACACAAGGAGGACCGACCUUUACCAGUCGCUAAAGACCUAUCAGACCUGGAGCAAACUAAAAAUUAA